GUGAGGACACCCCGCGAGCGCUCGGCGGCUGACGAGUUGCUUCCGGAGAGGAUCUCGGAGUCUCAUGUCUGCCCACUUGGCACAAGGCACGCCGAGGGUCCGGCGGCCGAAGGAGACGCAACAUCACAAGUCCGCCGGUGCGUCGGCGGGGACGACAACGAGCACUUUGCUUGCGCGAGAGGUGUGCGCGCCGGGCAGGCCUUGACCGUCGGUUCCUCAGCGCCCUUGACUCGCCGAGGGCGCGUAUUCGACGCCCCAGCGGUAGCAGCAGCAGCAGCAGCAACAACAGCCGAGACCGCCGCCAGAACAUCCUGGCAUUGACGGGACCCGCCCGGGAUCUUACGGACGCCUAUUCACCGCCCGUCUACGCGAAUUCCUCCGACAUGUCGUCUGUUCCAGGCCACCUGCUCCCCGUUCUCGCCGCCGCGGUGAUGCUCCUCGUACCUUCCGCGCCGGCCCAGCGGGCUCCCGGAGGGCGCCCCCUGUGGCGGCCCCGAAUCUCGUUCCCGUUGGACCCGAGCUCGCCGACCGUGUCCCGCGUGCCCGUCGACAUGCUCGACGAGGCGGCCAGGGAGGCGCACCGCAUCAUCGUCAAGCAGAAGGCCAUCGAGAAGAACCACGCCGCCAAGGGUCUUCGGGUGUCUCCCGUGCCGCUGUGCCCAGCGUCGGCCCGGCACAUGCAAACGAGGGUGGCCAAGGACAAGGCGAUAGCCAUGGACGAGAUGGCUCACCUCUUCGAGGAGACCACGCGCCUGCUGUCGCACAAGAUGAAGAUGUUCUGGGAGGACGAAUUCCACGGCCUGGUGAGGACCGACCUCGCCGGGUCGCGGCUGGAGUUGGUGCGCGAGCGCUGCCAGCGGCUCAGCAACCACGUGUGCCGGCAGGGACCCUUCCGCGAGUCGGACGGCUCGUGCAACAACCUCGAGCAUCCCGACUGGGGCGCCGCCUUCUCCUGCAUGCGUCGCCUGCUGCCGCCCAGAUAUGCCGACGGCGUGUCGGCACCGCGCAUUUCGGAGACGGGCGGCGAGCUGCCCAACCCUCGCAUGGUGUCCACCACCGUGCACGUUGACCUGGACCGGCCCUCGCGGGACACGACGCACAUGCUCAUGCAGUGGGGACAGUUCCUGGACCACGACUUCGCGCUGGCGCCCAUCUCGAGCGUGCCCGGAGAGAUCGUCGACCUCGGAAAUCCGAACGACGUGAUCGACUGCUGCUCGACGGAGACACGCAGCUCGCCCCGCUGCUUCUCGUUCGACAUCCCCCCGACGGAUCACUUCUUCGGCAAAUACGGCGAGCACUGCAUGAACUUCCCCCGCUCGGCCAGGUGCCCGCUCUGCAGCCUCGGCCCACGGCAGCAGAUGGACUCUCUGACGUCAUUCAUAGAUGGAUCCCAGGUGUACGGCAGUUCGCUCGACGACAGCCUCAAGCUCCGAACACUGCAGGGAGACGGGCGGCUCAAGUUCGACGUGGGGCGCCGCGGCGACAUGAUCCUGCCGGCCAGCUUCCACCCGACCGAGGACAAGUGCAGCCGGCCCGAGCUGGGAGACCUGUGCUUCCGCGCCGGCGACGAGCGCGUCAACGAGCAGCCCGGUCUCACGGCGAUGCACACCCUCUGGCUGCGGCAGCACAACCUGCUCGCCAUGCGGCUGUCGCGCGUCAACCCGCACUGGGACGACGAGCGCAUCUACCAGGAGGCGCGCCGCAUCGUCAUCGGCCAGAUGCAGAUGAUCACCUACAACGAGUUCCUGCCCCUCGUCGUGGGCAAGGCGUUCCACCGCGAGUUCGGCCUGGAGGUGCUGCCCUACGGCUACACGACGUACAACCGCCAGAUCGACCCGUCCAUGCUGAACGAGUUCGCGGGCGCCGCGUUCCGUUUCGGCCACACCAUCCUCAACGGGGACUUCAUGCAGAUAGACUCCAGGGGUCGCGUGGCCCGCAUAGCCCUCCAGGAACACUUCUUCCGGCCUUUCGAGUUCCGCGACGGCCUCAUGGAGCGCGUCAUCCGGGGCUUGGCGCGCCAGAGCUCGCAGCGCUUCGACAACUUCAUCACGGACGACGUGACGAACCACCUGUACCGGCUGAACAACGAGUCGUUCGGCCUGGACCUCAUCUCGCUCAACAUCCAGCGAGGCAGGGACCACGGGAUACGCGGCUACACCGACUACCUCAAGGGCUGCUUCGGUCUGCGGGUCACCAAGUUCGAGCACCUGGACAGCGCCAUGCCUAGGCCGGUCCGGGAGCGCCUGCAGAGGCUCUACGCGCACGUCAACGACAUCGACCUGUUCACGGGCGGCGUGUCGGAGUACUCGCUCCCGGGUGGCGUGGUCGGCCCCACCUUCGGCUGCAUCCUGGGCAUACAGUUCUGGCGGCUGAAGUACGGCGACCGCUUCUACUUCGAGCACGGAGGGCAGGCCGGCAGCUUCACGCCAGCCCAGCUGACUGAACUGCGGAGGACGACUCUCUCCAAGGUCAUCUGCGACAACAGCAUAGGCCACGAGACAGCGCAGCGGGAAGUACUCAGGACGGUGUCAGAAAGCAAUCCCGAGAUUCCGUGCGCCACCCUCCGGGGCCUAAACAUGGACGCCUGGAUCGAGGUGCCGCCCGGAGCCACGACGUAGCCGGGCCCGGGCUGUUGGGUGGCCGCCGCCGCUGGACGGCUCGUCCGCCUCCUCUCCCUCCUAGGAAGACCGCGCCCCUCCCCCGUCGCUGGUGCCAUACCGCCUGCCCCUACACACAGUCACUUCUGCCCUCCCCCUGCCCCGCCCCCCAUAAGGACAUUUAAGUGCUCGCGUUGCUCCCGUGCACCACGUGACAUCGCGAUCACUCUGCGACGCGCCGCCCUCCCGGCACGGACGUCGACGACGACGACGGCUCGAAGGUGCGCGGGACCACGUGACAGCGCUACGUUUUUGGAGGGAUGUGCCACGUGAUGCACUGUGCGCCGUGCGUGUGUCUUGGUGUGUGCGUGUGUUUGUGUCUGUUCGUGAACGCUGCGCGUUGUUGGGAACGUGUUACGUGUUGGGCAAGCCUGUGCGCGUCACUCGGAAGAGGAACUGCAUGCGUUGAGAUGACGGUGGUGUCGGUGAGGAAACGACACACCCUCUUUUUUUUUCAAGUGCGCGGUUGAACUCUCGUAAUCGUCACCCUCAGCAGCUCAUUUAAGGAUUCGAGACAUCUCUUCUCCCCCCCCCCCCUUUUGUUUUUGGCUCAGUUCGAGGCAUAGGUAUUAUUCAUCUAGAGGACUGCCGUGAUGUGUCGAGAAGAAGUGCCCAACUGACUUUUGUAGCAAACCUGGGGAUGCCGUUACGAACUGUCCCAUUCAGUGCGGAUUACGCAAACGAGCCCACGGACGAUUUUGCCCCAUGCUGCGGCACGUGAAGCACUACAAGCCCUUGUGAUAGACGGGUGUUAACCAAUACUGCGCGCAUUUCCGAGACAGCGACAUUUCCGAUCGCCGGACAACAAUGGUGGAGUUUUCCCAUUGUCACCACAAUUUGUGUUUCCGAAAGCACGUGUUUAUAUGCGUUCAUUGCUGAUAACAGGGCAGGGAAGAAAACAAAACAAAGUCAGCCCCGAUCCUCCCUCAAGUGCGCGAGGCAUUCGGGCAUGCAAAACAAAUAAACUGGUCUGUGUGAAAGCCGCAUGCUCAACCACAAUGAAAUGACACUUCGCGAACGUCACUACCGUAGUCGAGUUCGGCUUACGUCAUGACCGCAGAACCGGCUAACUGUGAACUUCAGCAAGGUCAACGACGGCCAGUGUAGGAAUGCACAAAUGAUCGCAUUUUCCUUAUACUGCGAGCAUGGCUGCCGUGAAUGAGGGGUCGUGACCACAUGAAGCUCGGCGAUAACUAUAGCGAUGUCCUAUCGCUGUCUUAGCGGUACAACAAGGCGCUUAGAUUGCGCCUAAUGCAUAGAAGACGACGUUGGGCUAUACUGGCGCGUUCAUUACGCGGAGGCUGUGGUAAAACACCUACGAGGAGCCAUGCUAUGACGACGCAGAAGUUAUCGUACGACGUUUGUACAAAAAGCAAAGAUGUCACUCGUUUCAAGUUACGACAAAAAAAAGGUUAUCGAACAACCGUCCCUGCCCUUUGCUCUUUUCUUCCUUACUGUGGCACGUUAUCUUGAGUCACUGAAGAUUCGCGGUCGUCAUUGGCUGGUUUCAUAAUAUGACGGUUGAUGACCAUGUUGAAGACCACGUUGACGAGUGCAUCAACAGACUAGAAUGUAAACGAGUUGACGAAGCCAGGCACCCUUGACCGUGGCCUCCGAGAUCGCAACGGCGACCUGCCGUUGCGAUCUCGGAGGGUACGUCGUGACUAAUAAGCUUCUUCCACCUAAGGCCCUGAGUAUUGUUUCAACGAGGGCCGCACUUUGCUCUUAUAGCUGUGACAUUUUGCCCGCACCAACAUCAAUAACCUUCCACAAUGCGAGGAAGUUCUUGCGUCUGUCACUGCUGAUGAAUGUGACUCGCGACUGCGAAGCUCGAAGCCUUUGCGCUCACAUGCACCCAUGGCCCUGGCAUUUAUGGUCUUUGCCACAGGUCUGACCAAGUAUUAAGGCAGCCUGGAGGAAUAAGCUGCACUGCCUGCCGGGCUUUGGUGCAUAGCGAAGAACUGCAGCACAGCACCAAAAAUGGCAGGCACUUCGCCGUCAUAUUUUAGCGUGGCUGUUGACAGGCGCUCGAAACUGAAUGCGGAUUCCCAAGUCAAGCCAGCUCGAGUUCGAGCAGCAGCAGCAGCAACAACAACAACAACAAAAAUGUUUCCCAGCGUUUCUUUACUCUCUCCCCCUCGACCUCCCCCCACCAACGCACACGAUAUAGAUGUUUUUUUUGUACUUAUUUUAAGAGCUACGCACACGAGGCCGCGAUCGCACACUGCCACUUCAGAAAUUCAGGGACUCCAUUUUGGUGUGGUGUCUCACUCCAGAUAUUGAAGAAGGUACCUUUAGUUUCGUUACAUUGCUAAUAAUAAUGUAAGUUCUACGGUAUGACCGGAUGUCGUCAAUACAUGGAUGACGGCAGCCAAGCUGGAAACAGCGCAGACCAGACGCUUCGUUAUCCCGUUACCUUGGACAUCAGUCGGGUCUGCACAGCCCUCCACAAGAAUCUUCCCUUUGUUCUUGUCAACGUUCCUCAGCGAUACUGCCAUUAAACUUCGUGCUCAGCAACGAGCAGCCCUUUGUUAUAUUUUUUUUCUUGGUGAGAAGGGCCAAAUAUGUGUGUGCGUGUUCUGUUCGAGUUUCAAUAAAAGAUGGAAAAGCAGUGAAGACGGCCUUGAGAGCUCAAAUAAGGCUCAUUGCUACUGCCUUUCCAGAGCAUCA